AUGCACCAGGAAUUCUCCAGUCAAACCUUCCCAGGACUGAAUGCCCCCAAACCAGAUCCUCCACUCCACAUUCCAACACACAGCAUUGUCACUAUGAAUCAGAUAGUGGCCAGCAUGCAUGCAGCAUACAAUAAUAGAAAGCAAAGUGGCAUCAAUCUGAUCUGGCUUUCUGAGCACCUUUCAGCUAUGGAAUUGGGGGUUGAUGAAACCCAGGAGGCAGGCCACCUGGCAGCACAUCCAUCAACUCUCACCAGCUUUGUGGAUGAACCUACAGCAUCCCUGCAGACACACAUGCUUGCCACUCUGGACCCCCUUCACCAUGCAAUGUCCAAGAGUAUGACAAUUGGCUCCUGGCAUAAAAAUGCUGAAUCUUUCAAUCACACUUCAUGGUCACCAGGGUGCCUGGAGUUUUCCCUGGCCAGGUACCAACAGGGGCACAUGGUAUGGUUAUAUUACCUCAGGGAUGAUGAUGCUGGUCAUGAAUGGUCCCAGCAGUCUUACCUCCUGGCUGCCAUCCUCUCUGGUGCACUUUCAAUUAUGCACCCAGGCCUGUAUGAUGCUGGAAGGCAAGCCAUGCAGUCAUUGGACACAUGGUCAAUUUUUACUAAUGUCUCCAUAAUCUCUAACUGGACCACACCCUUUCACCAGGACCCACACUCACAGUCUGAUUGGUAUGACAUGCUGGUCAUGGUUGGUGAUUAUGAAGAUUUUGUAUUGGACAUCCCCACACUUGGCCUUCAGUUCCUUUACAACCCUGGCACUGUAGUUGCAUUUUCUGGCUGGCCUCUUCAACAUGGGGAACAACACACACAAUUGGAUAGGGAUACCCCAUGGGGAUUGUAUGAGAGUUCAGAAUGUCCAGACUUGGUUGAUGCCUGCAGGUCUGGUGGGACAUUCUAUAUAACCUACACUUAUCCAAUAGGGGUCCAUGUAAAGGUAGUUCUAUAG